CGCGGGGCGCUGCGCGGCGAGCGGUGGGCGCGAUGAAGCAAGUAUUCAGUCUAUUAGAAAAAGCUUGGUCUGGUUCCUCAGUGCAUUUUGCUUGGCAGAAAACUCUGGGACAUUUCCUUGCUGUAACAGGAGGUGAUCACACUGUGAAAAUUUUUGAUCGUCAUGGUCAGAAGAGAAAUGAAAUAACUUUACCAGGUAACUGUGUUGCUAUGGACUGGGAUAAGGAUGGAGAUACCUUAGCAAUAAUUGCAGACAGAUGUAGUGCCAUUUUUCUCUGGGAUGCCAACACAAGCAAAACAAGCCAAUUAGACAGUGGCAUGAGGGAUUCAUUGUCUUUCCUAUUAUGGUCUCGAGUAGGAGCUUUACUCGCCGUUGGAACGACUAAGGGAAACUUACUUAUAUAUAACCGUCAGACAUCUCGCAAGAUUCCUAUUCUUGGUAAGCACACUAAGCGAAUUACUUGUGGUUGUUGGAGCACUGAAAACCUCUUGGCUCUGGGUGGUGAAGACAAAAUGAUUACUAUAAGCAAUCAGGAAGGGGAUACUAUAAGACAGACCUCAGUGAGUUCAGAUCCCAGUGAUAUGCAGUUCUCAGUUAUGAAGACUGAUGAAAGAACAUCAACCAGGGAAAGCACAGUAAGUGUAGUGGUUGGCAAGAAGACUCUCUUUCUUUUUAAUUUGAAUGAUCCUGAUAACCCAAUUGAUCUGAAAUUUCAGCAGCCUUAUGGCAGUAUUGUAACCUACAGAUGGUAUGGUGAUGGCUACAUUAUGAUUGGUUUCUCACGAGGGUGUUUUGUAGUCAUCUCUACACACAUGCGUGAGAUAGGUCAAGAAAUCUUUCAAGCUCACAAUCAUAAAGAUAAUCUAAGCAGCAUCGCUAUAUCACAGUCAUUAAACAAAGCUGCAUCAGGUGGUGACAAUUGCAUUAAAAUUCAUGAUCUGUCAGACCUGAGAAAGAUGUAUGCCAUAAUAAACUUGGAUGAUGAAAACAAAGGUGUCAAUCAGCUGGCUUGGACAGAUGAUGGACAGCUGUUGGCAGUAUCUACACGAAGAGCAUCCCUGCAUGUUUUCUUGACAAAGCUUCCAGUCCUUGGUGAUACUUGCAGUACGCGGAUUGCUUACCUCACUUCUCUUCUUGAAGUUACUGUAGCCAAUCAUGUGGAGAGAGAGCUACCAGUUACUGUCUCUGUUGAAGUAGAGCCCAGUUUCAUUGCUGUUGGUGUUUAUCAUUUGGCUGUAGGAAUGAACAAUCGGGCUUGGUUUUAUUUGCUUGGAGAAAACAACGUGAAAAAGCUUAAAGAUGCAGAGUAUCUGGGUACAGUAGCAAGCAUGCAUCUUAAUUCUGAUUACGCUGCUGCUCUCUUUGAGGGUAAAGUCCAGUUGCAUAUGAUAGAAGGUGAAGGUGUGGACGCUCAGGAAGAAAGAGAAACUCGACUCUUCCCAGCAGAUGAUGAUAAAUACCGAAUUUUGUGCCAUGCUUUAACUGGUGACUUCCUCAUAUACGGCACAGACACUGGAGUCAUUCAUUAUUUCUACAUUGAAGACUGGCAAUAUGUGAAUGAAUAUCGUCAUCCUGUCAGCGUGAGAAAAAUUUUUCCAGAUCCUAAUGGAACCAGACUGGCUUUCAUAGAUGAAAAAAGUGAUGGCUUUGUCUAUUGUCCAGUAAAUGAUAGAAUAUACGAGAUUCCAAAUUUCUCACCAACCAUUAAAGGAAUCCUGUGGGAAAACUGGCCAAUGGAUAAAGGUGUUUUUGUUGCUUAUGAUGAUGAUAAAGUGUACACUUAUGUCUUUCAUAAAGAUGCCAUUCAAGGAUCGAAGAUUAUAUUGGCAGGUGGUACAGAAGUCCCCUUUUCCCAAAAACCUUUGCUGUUGUAUAAUGGAGAAUUAACUUGUCAGACUCAGAGUGGGAAAACAAACAAUAUCUAUCUCAGUACUCACAGUUUCCUUGGAGAUUUGAAAGACUUUGGACCUAAUGAGCUGGCACAAAUGCUUACUCAAGCGUUAAUGUUGAAAAGAUUUUCUGAAGCGUGGGGGAUAUGUGUACUUCUGAAUGACCAGUCUAGUUGGAAUGAGCUGGGCAAAGCUUGCUUACAUCACAUGGAGGUGGAUUUUGCAAUACGUGUUUAUCGGACGUGUGGGAAUGCUGGGAUGGUGAUGUCACUAGAAGAAAUAAAGGGAAUAGAAGAUCACAACCUUUUAGCAGGACACCUUGCCAUGUUUACUAGUAAUUUUAACCUGGCUCAGGAUUUAUACUUGGCAUCCUCUCGUCCUAUUUCUGCACUUGAGAUGCGAAAAGACUUGCAGCACUGGGACAGUGCACUUCAGCUGGCUAAGUGUUUGGCUCCAGACCAAAUCCCAUUCAUAUCAAGGGAAUAUGCACUGCAACUUGAAUUCACGGGCGAUUAUAUGAAUGCUCUGGCACAUUAUGAGAAGGGAAUCACUGGGGACAGUAAGUAUCAGGAACACGAUGAAGCUUGCCUUGCUGGAGUGGCUCAGAUGUGCAUUCGAAUGGGGGAUAUCCGCCAGGGCGUAAACCAGGCCAUUAAGCAUCCCAGUAGGUUACUAAAAAGGGACUGUGGAGCUAUUCUGGAGAGUAUGAAGCAAUUUUCAGAAGCUGCACAGCUGUAUGAGAAGGGACAAUAUUAUGACAAGGCAGCAUCAGUGUACAUCCGGUGUAAAAACUGGACAAAAGUCGGUGAACUUCUUCCUCAUGUUUCAUCUCCAAAGAUUCACCUGCAAUAUGCAAAGGCCAAAGAAGCAGAUGGCAGGUACAAGGAAGCUGUGGUAGCGUAUGAGAAUGCAAAACAGUGGGACAGCGUAAUCCGACUGUGUUUGGAUCACCUUAAUAAUCCUGAAAGGGCCGUUAAUAUUGUGAGAGAAACCCAGUCUCUUGAUGGGGCAAAGAUGGUGGCCAGAUUUUUCCUGCAGCUCGGUGACUAUGGUUCUGCCAUCCAGUUCCUGGUCAUGUCUAAAUGCAAUAAUGAAGCUUUCACGUUAGCUCAACAGCACAACAAGAUGGAGAUUUAUGCUGAUAUCAUCACUUCCGAUAGUACCAGCAAUGAAGAUUAUCAGAGCAUCGCUCUGUAUUUUGAAGGAGAAAAGAAACAUUUUCAGGCGGGAAAGUUUUUCUUGUUGUGUGGCCAGUAUGGACGGGCAUUAAGGCACUUUAUGAAAAGUCCAAGCACAGAAGAUAACUUGGCUAUUGAAAUGGCGAUUGAAACAGUGGGACAGGCAAAGGAUGAGGCCCUAAAAAAUGAACUGAUAGAUUAUCUGACAGGAGAGAAUGAUGGCAUGCCUAAGGAUGCUAAGUACCUAUUCCGCUUGUACAUGGCACUGAAGCAAUACAGAGAAGCUGCCAGAACUGCUAUAAUAAUCGCCAGGGAAGAGCAGCGUUCAGGGAAUUACCGAAAUGCACACGACGUUCUUUUCAGUAUGUAUUCAGAAUUAAAGACCCAGAAGAUUAAAAUUCCUUCUGAGAUGGCUACAAACCUUAUGAUUCUACACAGCUAUAUUUUAGUGAAGACUCACGUGAAACGUGGCGACCACAUGAAGGGAGCACGUAUGCUUAUACGUGUAGCCAACAACAUCAGCAAGUUCCCAUCACACAUUGUACCCAUUUUGACUUCAACAGUAAUUGAGUGUCACAGAGCAGGAUUGAAGAACUCGGCCUUCACUUUUGCUGCUGUGCUGAUGCGACCUGAGAAUCGCAAUAAAAUAGAUCUUAAAUACAAAAAGAAAAUCGAAGCAAUGGUCAGGCACCCAGACAAAACCGAGGCAGAGGAGCCAACAACAGCCUGUCCCUACUGUGCAUUCCAGCUCGCAGAAUGUGAGCUCUUAUGUCCCAGCUGUAAGAACAACUUGCCGUACUGCAUUGCAACGGGUCGACAUAUGGUACGGGAUGACUGGACUGUCUGCCCACACUGUGACUUUCCUGCCCUCUAUUCAGAAUUCAAGACCAUGUUACAGACUGAAAACGUGUGUCCCAUGUGUUCUGAAACAAUCAAUGCUGUUCAUCUUAAGAAAAUAAAUGACUGCACGCAGUACCUCAAACAGGAUGACAUGGACAGCUAAGUUCAGAAAGUCUUACCAGAGAAAACUAUCCCUCACUUCUGAAAUCAUGCCUUACUCCAAUCAUCGCUUUUUGGCACUACGUCAUUUGUGAACAACUGUCAUCAAGGAUGGAGUGCAAGGAAGGGUAACAUUUCAUCCAAAAUCUGACGGACACACUGAGAACUCCCUGAGAAUGCAUUAGUUUCACAAGAAGAGAGCAAAUAUCCCCCUGGUUUUAUGGUUUUGUUCCCCUUUUUUUUCUUAAACGUCUUAAUAAAAAUAUUUUUAAAGUAAAA